GACACCAACGUGCUCGGCUUCAAAGGUCCAAGAAAGAUGACAGUCAUCCUUCCAGGAAUGACUCCGGACCGCCAACGCGUCACCAUCGCACCGCAAGAUGACAGCGAGACCCUUCUGGAAAGACUCAAGAGUCAGACCUUGGAUGACAUAGUAGUCCUUCAUAACAAAACUCCAGUUUGGAACGAUGAAACUCAAUCCUAUGUACUUAACUUCCACGGAAGGGUGACUCAGGCAAGUGUGAAAAACUUCCAAAUUGUCCAUGAUUCAGAACCUGAUUACGUCGUGAUGCAAUUCGGACGGAUAUCCGAAGAUGUCUUCACUAUGGAUUUCCGAUAUCCGCUCUGUGCUUUACAGGCAUUCGGUAUUGCGCUCAGCUCUUUCGACAGCAAAUUGGCGUGCGAAUAG